GGGGCUGAUGCAACCCGUCCCGCCGCCCGCCACAGCCUGCGGGAGGGACGCUCGGCGGCCGCGACGGGGGGGCGCUGGCGGCGGCGGACGCUGCAGCGGCGGCGGGGCUGGCGCCGCGGCGGCUCCCGGGCCGGGACGGGCCUGGGCACCGGGCGGAGCUCCGCGGCCGGGCGGCAGCGGCGCUGAGCGGACACGGCGCCUGCAGCCGGGUCCCGGUCCCGGGGGCGCCGCCUCCGCCCGCGGCUUCUGCUCGGCUGGACUGCCGUUCCUCCUGCUAUGAUGCCUGGGCAGAUCCCAGACCCUUCCAUGACUGCGGGCUCUCUGCCAGGGCUCGGCCCCCUGACCGGACUCCCCAGCUCGGCUCUGACUGCAGAGGAGCUGAAAUACGCCGACAUCCGCAACAUUGGGGCCAUGAUUGCCCCUUUGCACUUCCUGGAGGUGAAACUGGGCAAGAGGCCCCAACCCGUGAAGAGUGAGCUAGACGAGGAAGAAGAGCGAAGGAAAAGGCGUCGGGAGAAGAACAAAGUCGCGGCCGCCCGUUGCCGGAACAAGAAGAAGGAACGGACGGAAUUUCUGCAGCGGGAAUCCGAGCGGCUGGAACUCAUGAACGCAGAGCUAAAGACCCAGAUUGAGGAGCUAAAGCAGGAGCGACAGCAGCUCAUUCUGAUGCUGAACCGGCAUCGCCCCACCUGUAUUGUUCGGACGGACAGCGUCAAGACCCCCGAGUCGGAAGGCAACCCGCUGCUUGAGCAGCUAGAGAAGAAGUGACCGUGGGCUGGGAGGAGGAAGAAGAGGAGGAAGAGGAGGAGGAGGAGGAGAUGGCAAGAGGGAGGAGGAGGAGGGCACCAGAGGGCCCUUCCUUGGUGCAUGAAAAACUUUACAACAAGGCUCAGCACAGCCAGUAAUUAGUGGGGCUUUUUUGUGAAACUCAGAUCAGCCACAUAACGGGAAGAGCAGGCUGACGAAACCCAGAAGGACCAAGCGCUGAGACCAAAGUAGACUUGAGGGUGGGGCUGUCCUGCUGGGGCCCAGCUCAAACGAGGCAGGACAGAGGCACCCAGGCCGGAGAGACGCCCAGCCAGGCAGCCUUGGGCACUUCUCCGGCCUCUCCGCCAGGCCACCUACCCCAGGGACCUCCGAGCAGCCAGGAAAAGCCAUGAGUUACAACCAAACACGGCUGAGGAUGGAACUGAGUAACACUGCCAUCUGCCUGCCCCAGCCUGACCCCUGACCCUGAUGCGAGGCCGGAGAGGGCCGAGAUGUGGGGCCCAGUGCGGCCUUGCUGGGAAGUAGCAGCCGGGUGCACCCUCGCCGGCCCUGCUGGAGUUUGCUGUGGGCACGAGGCGCGGGCGCCCUUCCAAAGCACAUACUCACUGAAUGUUUACAGACUGGCUGUCCUGGCAGGGCUUUCAACUGCACAUGUUUUUUAUACUUUCUUUUUUUUUUUUUUUAAUAUUUUUUACAAAAAAAAAAAAGAUUUUAUACAAGCAAUAUAUAUAUGGAUUUCUAUAAUCACUCGAUGUGAUACAGUAUAAAUAUGUUAUGGUUUGUUUGUUACGAACAGAUAUCCAGCAGUUAUGGCCGUUGUGUGUAACUCCUAAGUACUGUAGUCUCUGGGUGUUGGGGGGUGUCCGGGGAGGGGGUGGGGUGCGUUUCCAUCCUGGUAAACCCUUCAUAGUACUCAGUCCUGUAUCGCUCAGUAAACGUUACUCUUACUUA